AUGCUAUUCUUUUCAUUCUUCAAAACAUUGGUGGAUCAAGAGGUUACUGUGGAACUGAAAAAUGAUAUCGAACUGAAGGGAACGCUUAAGUCAGUAGACCAGUUCCUCAACUUGAAAUUAGACAAUAUAUCAUGUAGUGAUGAGAGCAAGUAUCCGCACUUUGGUUCUGUGAGAAAUAUUUUUAUUAGAGGCUCGACUGUGAGAUACGUCUAUUUAAAUAAAAAUAUGGUAGAUACAAAUCUGUUACAAGACGCUGCUAGAAGAGAAGCAAUGAUGGAAAAGAAAUAA